GUACAUCAGAGAAGGUAAUGGGCAGCAGCCAGUCGGUGCGCGAGAGCCACUUCCAGCGCGAGGCGGCGCAACCCGGCCAACCCGGCGGGCCGGGACAGCCGGGACGAGCGGAGGACGCGGACCCCGCCGACCAGCACAUCAGCAUUUCUAACAAAAUGGUGGAGCGGCUGGUGGAGGACGCGACGCUGGCGGGGCGCGCGGCGGGUGCGGGGGUGGCGGCGGGCGGCGCGCCGCGCGGUCACUACAAGGAGAAGAUGUUCAUGGAGAAGCUCAUCUAUCUCGACGAUAACCAUUCGCAGAGAUACAGGAUAACGGUGGAGGACCUGAACGCGACGGCGGCGCGCAUCGAGCUGCGCACCGGCAACAUGGUGAGCGUGGCGCCGGUGUGCGCGCACUGCAAGCAGGGCGUCAUCGAGUGCUACGCGCGCGCAGACCGCCCCGGCGCGCACCGCCUCGACUGCGCCGACGCCGUCG